CACACCCUUCUUCCAUUCUAUCUCUUAUAACACUUAGAUACAAUGUCUCCAUUCCUCUUGUUUGGUUUGGUGUUUUGCAGCCAACUCAUGGUUGGAUUGAAUACACCAUUGCCACCUCCAAGCUAUGGAGAUCAUGUAUCCAUUCUAAGCAUAGAUGGUGGUGGCAUCAAAGGAAUUAUUCCAGCAACUGUUCUUGAUUACUUGGACAAAGCUCUUAAGGCUAAGGAUCCAACAACAUCAUUGGCAGAUUAUUUCGAUGUGAUAUCAGGAACAAGCACUGGUGGACUCAUGACUCUUAUGUUGGCAGCUCCAAACUCAUCUCACUCCCGUCAACCUCUCUUUACUCCAUCGGAAGUCGUACAAUUCUACAAGAAAAAUGGUCCUGAAAUAUUUCGUAGGUAUAAGUAUAAACCUUAA